UCAUAGAAUAUUUAUAAUGAGACCAUUUGCUCUUCUACCAUUGUCGUCGAAUCGUCGAUUCGUUUUAUUUAUCGUACUGGUGUUUGCGACGUUAUCAACACUGUGCCUUUUGAAAUUGGACCCAAUAUCAAAAAGAGUUCUGAUCGAAAGUUGCGAAGUAAUCGAGCAUGUGAACAAAUCAGCGAUAGAAUCUGUUGAUAAUAAAUUGUUAGUAACAAAUGAGAAGCAGACAGUGAAAUGUUUAUGCAAAAACGGCAAAGUUGCUGGAACGAAUAGAGGAAAACCUGCAUGCGUAUCAGCCUAUGUUCUUCAAUUUGGUCGUUUCUGUGAUAUGCAACCAUGCCUUCCUGAUGAACUUUGCAGAGUAUUUUACGACAGAUCUGGAUGGAGAUGUAUUCAUAAAAGUAAAACUACAGUGGUCAGGAUUCAAGAAAAUAAACGGGAAAAAAUCAAAGUGACAUGAAAUGCAAAACUGAAAGUUUAAACGUUCAAAGUUUGAACGCCAUUGUGGCGAACGCCAGAGAUUUUUUUAAUAAAAUUUACGUUAACCAGAGAUAUGGCGCUCACUCUGGCUAGUAUUCAACGUCGUUUGUUUAAUAUUUUUGAAAUUAUAUACUAAUUGAUAAUUUAAGGGAGGCUACGAGAUGUUCAAAGGCUUCUUUAUUCCGAAGUUCUUGAUAGGUAGUGAGAAGUCACACCCAUGUCCAAUUGUCAGUACCUAGUCUACUUGGAUUCAGGUCAUACCUUACUAUUUUUAAUUUAUUAAUUAAUUAAUGAUGGGAAAAUUAGAUUACUCAUGGUUUAUGAAAUGCUAACCCAAUUCUGCUACACACUUUAACUAGGUCAUGACAUACAAUAAGAUUCAAAUUGGUAGGGACAAACAAAUAGUGAAAAUGUCUAGACAGGCACGUGAUCAAUCGCUCUCACAAUCUCCCAUUUAUUUCUGCAAUUACAAGCUACAAUUGUAGGCUAUAAAUUGUUUUAUAAAUGAUCUAAGAAAAACGUUAAACAAACCGUAUAUCCACCUGUUUUGCACUAUUGAAUCCAUGAAUGUGCCAUAUCUGAUAUUUCUAAUGGGAUACUAUAUACUCUUGGGCCAAUAUUUUAUUUUUAUAGCUAAAUUGUCAUUCAACACUAGCAGUAACACUGAUCGCUAGUAUUAAUUAAAGAUUGAAAUUUUUGCACGGCUGGGCCGUGCGUUUAGCUGUGAUCAGUCCCACGCCAGUACAAUCUAUUCUAAAAUACACAUUCCUGAAAUAUAUACUCUUACCAGAAAUUACAUUUAAAACCCAUACUUACAAAAACAAUAUUUACACGUGUCAAUUCACGCGCGUUACCAACCUUAUUUUUUUUAAACACAAGGGGGUAGUUUAAUGAACAAUUGAGUUUUUCAGGUCUGCCGUCUUGAAAUUUCACAUUGUAGGGCCCCUGACUCCAAUUUCACGACGCUUUCAUCUUCUCACUAAUAUUUCAGACAGUGUUCGGUAGCAUGCUUUAAAGUAUUUCACGAGCUUGUCGAUCAGUAUAUGGUUGGGAUUUGGGAAUAUAACAUUUCGAUAAAACGUUUUGCCACUAAUGUCAAAUUAUUCGAAUUUGAAAUACCGUUCUUCUCAGCUGACAUCUGGUAAAGUUUUAAAUGGAAGUUAUACGUCGCCAACUGAUACGCCAACGAAACAUCCAGUGGAGAUCAAUUGCAUUUGAGACAGAAAACUUAAAACUUGGAAAUAAACUGGUAUUUUCCACAUUCAUAACACGCGAGUUGUAAAGAAUUUUGAUAGGAUUUUAUACAUUUAUCACGAAAUAGGGAAAACCGAUUGUAACAUAACUGACCAGUGGAUAUUUAGAAUACC